CACUAGGGUUACACUCAAAAUAAGUAAAUAGGUGGGUGUUCAAUUCGUAAGUUUCUUUUUCAGUUUUAUCUAGGGGCCAAUAUCGUACUUUAGUAUAACGCUUGAAAUUGCGACAGAAAAUAUUAUCAAAGCUGCUCGAUGCCAGUUAGAGGCUAAAAUAAUGCCAGUUAAUUUUUCAAGUGUUUCACUUUCGCAUCCCCUUUCCACUGAGGAAAAACCUCUGGGCCUGUGGAGUUCUUUACUUCGGGAAUCUAUAGUUGAUUCAAAUCUAAAACAAAUUAAAAAUAUAUUAUUUCUAGGCUAUAAAAAUUGUGGAAAUAAAACUUUGAUAAACAAACUAAGAAAUAAUAAAUCUGGAAAAGACGAAAUGAGUGUACCCUUAAAAUAUUAUACUCUACCUGUCCCCGUAGAUGAGGACGAACUCCGCCUUGUAAAUAUGUGGUCUCUUGAGCCCUGUGAUCAAUACAAGUCUCUAUUAAAAAUGAUGUUUAACAAGAACUACAUUACGGAUCCUUAUAUUGUAUUAAUUGUGGAUCUUGAGAAAACUUGGGAAGUUUUUAUUACUCUCGAGAAACUUUUGGUUUAUCUUUCCGAGGCUUAUAAAGAAUCGAAAAAGACAAGUUCAUCUUUGGCGGAUCCUCAUGAAACUAAGACCUUAGAACUCAGCCUUGAUGUCCCUUUAGCCGUAGUUUGCACCAAAGCCGAUACAGCUACUGCCGCUGAGGAGCUUACGGACGAAAGUUGGGACUAUCUGCAGGGGCAUCUCCGUCUCUUUUGUUUAAAAAUCGGGGCUGCUCUGAUCUACACGUCUUCUAUUGCUAAUAUUAAUUGCUCUCUACUGUUGGAGUACCUCAAGCAUCAGUUAUUUGAUACACCUUUUAAUACUCCUCCUAACUUUUUGGACAGAGAGGCCGUCUUUAUACCAUCGGGCUGGGAUACCAAAAACAAAAUACAGGCUCUUUUUGAUUCGCUAAAGUUAGUAUCUCCGGAUCGUUCAUUUGAAUCCGUCUUUCCACGACCUUUAGAGGCGUGCCCAUCUCCGCCGGUGCUAGUUCAGGCUGAAGACGAGCAAUCUUUCUUAGAGCAGCAAUACGCGCUCCUUGAUGCUGCUAAAAAGGACCGUUUAUCGUCUCGGGGGUGUUCACGUGCAUCUGUUGACUCUAAGGAGGGAGUCUUCUCUGAAUCCCAAGUUUAUUCACCCAGCGUUGAUGAAAAUGAGGCAAUCGCAAACUUUUUUAACAAACUUUUAAAAACAGGGGGCGGACAGAGACAAAAAUAGCUCAA